AAGUUGCUGCACGUGUUUAUGAUAGCGUGAACGUACUCACACAUUUGUACUGUAAUUUCACAGUUUGGAAUCUCAAACAUUACUUAUCAAAAUGCCGAAGGUUAAAGCUGAGAAAAAAUCUCGACAACACCAGGAGGUGAAGAGUCAAGGUAUUAUGUUCAAUACUGGUAUUGGUCAGCAUAUUUUAAAAAAUCCUUUGGUUGUCAACGGCAUCAUAGAGAAGGCAGCAUUACGACCAACAGAUGUGGUUCUGGAAGUCGGUCCGGGAACUGGUAACAUGACUGUCAAACUCCUGGAGAAAGCCAAGAAAGUAGUUGCAUGUGAGUUGGACACCAGGCUUGUCGCUGAGCUUCAAAAAAGAGUUCAGUGCACUCCAAUGCAAAACAAGCUACAGAUCCUCAUAGGGGACGUUCUAAAGACAGACCUCCCCUUUUUUGAUGUCUGCGUGGCUAACUUGCCUUAUCAGAUAUCAUCACCUUUUGUGUUCAAGCUGUUACUUCACAGACCGUUUUUUAGGUGUGCUGUGCUGAUGUUUCAGAGGGAAUUUGCCAUGCGGUUGGUAGCGAAACCAGGGGACAAGCUAUACUGCAGAUUGUCCAUCAACACGCAGCUCCUAGCCCGUGUGGACCACCUCAUGAAGGUGGGAAAGAACAAUUUCAGACCACCUCCAAAAGUAGAGUCCAGCGUGGUGAGGAUAGAGCCCAAAAAUCCUCCACCACCUAUAAACUUCCAGGAAUGGGAUGGUCUUGUCAGAAUUGCUUUUGUCCGAAAGAACAAAACACUCAGUGCUGCCUUCAAGUCUGCUGCAGUCGAACAGUUAUUGGAGAAGAACUACAGAAUCCAUUGCUCAGUGCACAACAUAGAAGUGCAACAAGAUUUCAGCAUCACUCAGAAAAUUGAAAGCAUUCUUCAAGAGUCAAAUUUCAGCGACAAGAGGGCACGUUCCAUGGAUAUAGAUGAUUUUAUGGUGCUUCUUCAUGCGUUCAACUCCGCUGGGAUACACUUCUCCUAAGAUUUAAGAAACGGGAAACAGCUACUAGGCUGACAGGAAGUGAUGUAACAAUCUUCUCAUAUUUUGGUUGAUGCUAGAAUAUGAGGUGAAUGGGACCCCUAAUCACUCAGGCUGGAAAUGUUUUGUGCCUUUCCUGAAUCAGGGAAUAUUUACGGACAUCAUUCAGAUGUAAAACUGGUGACUGUUAAGAGGAUUGGAAGAGGACAUCUUGGGUUUUUAUUACUUCUCUCUAUGUACAUGCUCUGCAGUUGUGAGUACACCAGCCAGUUUACUCUUCGUAUAACUGAGGUUGUCACAAAGAAUAUUAAUCUUCACCAAUCCCAGCACUGAACACAUAGCAUACUAUCCCACCCACUGUGUACUGCUAAAGUGCCUGAACUGUCAAAGUGAGAAAUGCUAACACUUUUCGAUAAGGUUUAGUUGGUUAACCUUAAAGUAUUUAUCAGGUGGCAUGUACUAAUUGAUGGUAUUUUUACAGCAUUUUGUAUCAUCUUGUGACAUCUUAAUGUUAAUUUGUAAAUAUUGAAAUAAAUUUCAUCUAGUUUACAGUGCAAUAACUUAAGUUAAACAGUUUGGAAUGUUAAACUUGUAUUAGUAUAUAUUAAAAAUUACUUCAAUUAAAAAAUGCUGCACUGUUUGUCCAUGCUAGCAAUUGCUUUAAUGUUAAAUUGGAACUUAUUGUUUAGUGCUACCUAGAAAUCUUUUAACAUUCAGGUAAAUGUAUGUAAACUUUGAUGUGUAAAUAUAAUGGCUAAUUAUGUAAUAGGUGAUUGACCUAUUCUCAGAUUCAUUUAAGGCAUGUUUCUUAGUAAGGUUUAGCUGUACAAGGUCAAUAAAACCAUUGAAAAAUA